UACCGGGAGGUGUGGCGGCGGUGGGGACGGGACCGGCACCAGGGACCGGGGCCAAGAGCGGGGCCGGAGCGGAUCGCGGCGCGAUGCAGAAAUACGAGAAGCUGGAGAAGAUCGGGGAAGGCACCUACGGGACCGUGUUCAAGGCCAAGAACCGGGAGACGCACGAGAUCGUGGCGCUGAAGCGGGUGCGGCUGGAUGAUGACGACGAGGGAGUGCCCAGCUCGGCGCUGCGGGAGAUCUGCUUGCUCAAGGAGCUCAAGCACAAGAACAUUGUCAGGCUCCACGAUGUCUUGCAUAGUGACAAGAAGCUCACCCUGGUCUUUGAGUUCUGUGAUCAGGACCUGAAGAAGUAUUUUGACAGCUGCAAUGGGGACCUGGACCCGGAGAUCGUCAAGUCGUUCAUGUACCAGCUGCUGAAGGGCCUCGCGUUCUGCCACAGCCGCAACGUCCUGCACCGAGACCUCAAACCCCAGAACCUGCUCAUAAACAGGAAUGGGGAGCUCAAACUGGCUGACUUUGGCCUGGCCCGGGCCUUCGGCAUCCCUGUGCGCUGUUACUCAGCAGAGGUCGUCACGCUGUGGUAUCGGCCCCCGGACGUGCUCUUCGGCGCCAAGCUCUACUCCACCUCCAUCGACAUGUGGUCAGCCGGCUGCAUCUUCGCAGAGCUGGCCAAUGCGGGGCGGCCCCUGUUCCCGGGGAAUGAUGUGGAUGACCAGCUGAAAAGGAUUUUCCGGCUACUGGGAACCCCCACGGAGGAGCAGUGGCCAGCCAUGGCCAAGCUGCCAGACUACAAGGUGAGGCAGGGGCAGGUUGGGAGGGCUCAGGGCCAGGAAUGGGGUCUGGGUCUCACCUCUCCAUCCCCAGCCAUACCCCAUGUACCCGGCCACCACCUCCCUGGUCAAUGUAGUGCCCAAGCUGAAUGCGACCGGCCGGGACCUGCUGCAGAACCUGUUGAAGUGCAAUCCGGUGCAGCGGAUAUCGGCGGAGGAAGCUCUCCAGCACCCCUACUUCACAGACUUCUGCCCCCCAUAAGGACUCCAGACACCCACCCAGCCCCACGCUGAGUGGGAGGCAGCACCCAGCUCCCAGCAUGCUCCGGGCAGUGGUGGGGAGGCGACAGCCCCCCACGGCAGCUGGUGGGAUGUGAGGUGAGGAGCAAGGUGCCAGCACCCCAGAAAUACAGCCCCCCCAUUCCCCUUGCCCUGUAUUUAUUAGGUUUUUAACUCAGCACCACCCCGGCUGUGGGACGCUGGAGUGGCCUCCCCAGCCCCGUGGUGUGGCUGGGGCUAGCCCUGGGGCUGCCCCCAGGCGCAUGGAGCCCCCCCAGGGAUGUGGGACCAUGGUGCUGGUGGAGGGGCAGGACCCUCUGGGACCAGGCAUGGGGACCCCGAGGGGGGGUGGGACGCCCUCACCCCUUCUCUCUAUGCUCCUUCUCGGCCCCACCCCUGGCAUGGUGAGGGUCCCGGGUGCCAGCUCCCUUGGGAAGUGGGGGGACACCCCAUUUCUUUUCUACCGUGCUGCUGUACGUGGGUGAUUGUGAGUGUUUGUUACCUCCAUAAAGAGCUUCCCCCUUCCCAA